GGAUUACUCCACCACCUCCGGUUCACCGCCUUCAAUGGAUCCAAUAGUGAUGUCUCGUACUUGAGAAACACAUUAAAGAGUUAUUCGCAAACAAAGCUCUUGAGCGGCCGUUCGUGCGAUUCGCUCGACAUAACGGUUCACAUAAGACACGGAAGUUUGCCAAUCGUUAACAUUAAUAACGCUUCACUUCCGGACAAAUGGAUAUCCGAUGAGUUCCAGCAGUACUCGUUUCAGAUGAAGAGCGACUCCGGACUCAUACCAUUCAAUCUGACGAAUCCAUUGCCCGGCGAUUGGUUUUGUUUGUCGUAUUUGAAUAAAGUCGACGACAGGAUCUCCCAGAAGGGCCUCGAAGCUGAGUGUCAGCACCGGUUGACCGCUAGUCUGUCGUUCUUUACAUUCAGUCAAUUAUAUCCAAACAAUGACAUUACGGUCUUAUCGACAGCUAAUUCGUUGGUACAAAACAUAACUCACACCACUUUUUAUAAAUUUUAUCUCAACGCCAACUGUUUUAGUGCCAAAUUAGUGAUUAGUGAUUGCGCACAGAUAUCACCAGUUCCUAUAGAAAGCAAACCCAUUUGUCCUGUCGAUGUAUUUGUGCGGUCAAUGGCUUUGCCCACCCGUACUCUCAAUGACUACAGAAUUAAUUGUAAGAAUCAGUUAUUCAAUUGUAGCGUUGAAAUGAAUUCAAUCGCUUCCGGCUCUUGGAUUUACCUCCAAAUAGAGCCCUUCAGUUAUCUGGAAGUGGUUUCAGCGAAACUAAAUCUAACUAUCGAUCAAACGGACAAUUGUUUCAAAAUUCCCAAUGAAGAGGCACUGGAAUCGAUGCCCAAACCGAUGACCGCAUUAACAUAUUCUAGUCGUUUCACUAGUAAUCAAACUAAACCUCUGGAGAAUAAGGAACCACUGGAACCGCCGAAAACGUUGUCUCCAAACUAUAUCAGUCUCACGCGUUAUGACUCGUUAAAUAGUCUUGAGUUUAAGUACAGUCACGUGGACGCCACCUCUCUGUCACCCAAUCAGAGCGUCUCCAUAUUCAUCGACAUCCCAAGCAAUCGGAGCUCAGUUCUUGAGAUACGCAGCGUCUCCAUAUUCAUCGACAUCCCAAGCAAUCGGAGCUCAGUUCUUGAGAUUGGAAUCAUUCCUCUGUCAGAUAUCGGCGGAACUCUUUCCAUUGAUUUCGCUAUCAAUCCGCUCACGAAUACCACACAACAGAACUAUACGGUCAACCUUUGUUUGCAACACAUGAGAGUGGGCUUUGGUUCGGACUGUUUCUAUGAAAUCGAUGUCAACACAACUGACAAACAAUUCCACGAAAAGCGAGGAUUGGAAACCGUUUUAAUCCCAUUCCCCAGACCUGGUAAUUGGUUUAUAACUCUUACGCCGCGAUGUUAUUACUCAGAUGAAGACUCCGACACCAUUAUGGAGUGUCUCGAGAACAAGACAUCCGUCUUAUUGGAUAUAAUAUCGUCGCCGUGUUUGCACUCCAAGUGCGGCCCUCACGGCAAAUGUCAACAAUAUUUCAGUGGAGGAGUUCUCUUCAGCUCUUGUGUUUGUAGAGGAGGAUGGAAGGGAUGGUUCUGUAACGAUGGGUCACAAGCGAUACCUGAAGAUCAACUUUUGCUCAACUUUUUAUUACUUACAUUAAGUAAUAUAAUGUUCAUUCCGGCAGUCGUUUUGUCUGCUUAUAGGAAACAUUUCACCGAAGCGUUAGUCUAUUUGACAACAAUGACCUCUUCCACAUUAUAUCACGCGUGCGAUUCUGAUUACCCGCAGUCGUAUUGUAUGCUAAAUGUAAAUGUCCUGCAGUUCGGGGACUUUUAUUCGGCAAUAUUGGCGUUUUGGGUAACUUUAGUCACAUUAGCCAAUAUGCCUGACCUGUGCCGCGCAUUCUUCCAUCUCUUCGGCGCUCUUCUAAUAGCAUUCGCUGUAGAGUCGGACCGAACGAGUCUUUGGGCGUUUGCGCUUCCGGCAGGUAUUGGCGCCGCUAUUCUCAUCAUUUCAUGGGUGGUCCGAUGCUGUCGUAAAGGAUGUUAUCCAACGCGUCGUCUCUGGAUAUUCAGUAUAUUGCCGGGCAUUGCGUUGUCUGCGGGAGGGCUUGUCGUCUACGCCUUCUUCGAGACUCAGGAUAAUUACGCCAUAACUCAUAGCUGUUGGCACGCAAUCAUGGCAUUAGCGCUACUAUUUCUGGUGCCAUCGAUGAAGAGCGGCACUCCUGACGAAGAGGUCGGUGGCAAAGGUAGUGACACUGAGACCUAUUAUGAACUAAUCGGCGAAGAGGGCUCUCACCUCGCGAGGGUUACUCCUCGUUAAGCAUAUCUUAAAUGUCUGUCCACUCAAUGAUAGUAUUGUUUAUUUAAAGAUUCAGUUUUUUCGUAACUCAUUAUGACUUAAAAGUAACGAUAAUUUAUAUAUAAAUUUAUAAUAUUUCUUGAUUUGAUAUGACAUUUGCUUUUUUAGUCAUAAUUUCUUAAUUACUUAUAACUUAUUAUAAAUUAUAAAUAUAUUCACUGAUCUCUUGGCUGUAGAUAUAAAUACAAAAUGAAAGUAAUAAAUAAAAGCAAAUGAAUUUGUGGUACAAUUGAUGUGAUGAUUGAUAUUUGGUUCUCUCUGUUUCUAUCCCUGUUCUGCAGUAUCGAUGCCUAACGCAAAGUUAGCUCACGUGGAGUGGAGGCCAUCGCACACCAGUUUUAAGUUCUUGAACGACGACAUCGACAUGUUGUGACCCCAUUGU